GAGGGCCGGUGUCACGUGACCAGCCAAAGUGCGUACAGCAUAGAAAAGGGGCCAGUUAUGAGUUGUAAGGCGAUGUAAGGGAGAGGAGCAAAGUGCGUCAAUAAAAGAAGUGUAUCGUAUUUACUAAAAGGGGAGGAAGGAUUUCCCCCCACACACACACAUUAGGAUCGCGUGCUAACAGCCGCCAGUCUCUUCCUUGCCCCACGCAGCUCCGCGAGUUCUCGGUGACGUCACAGCUCUCGCGAGACCGUGGCGGAGUAGCAGUGCAGUGUCUGAGGAGAGGAGGAGGCCGGGGAGACAUGAUGAUGAUGGAGCCGCCGUUACCGCCAGCCCAGGAGCCACAGCAGCCGGUCGGAAACCAAGAAGACGAGGAAGGGAAAGGCCCGAGUCAGGUCAGCGGCGCCAACCACGCGGCGGCCACCGAGGCGCCGGCUGAGCUCAGCAAGUCGGCCAGAGGCCUGGUCAGGAUGUGCGACCUGCUGCUAAAGAAGAAGCAACAGCGUCAGCGGAGGCAACAGGGAGCAGCCGGGGCCCUACCGACCUCACCCACCGGGGCUGGACCCCCAGGCAGGAGCCGCAGGCAGAAGCGGAGCCGGAGCAGCCGCACGGCCAGCAGCAGCGACACGGAUAAGAGCAGCGAUAGCGGCAGCAGCAGCCAGGACGACGAGGAGGAGGAAGAGGUGUCCGAGGUGGAAUCCUUCAUCCUGGACCAAGAUGAUUUGGAAAACCCAAUGCUAGAAACAGCAUCUAAACUACUGUUAUCAGGCACAGCCGAUGGAACAGAUUUAAGAACAGUCGACCCAGAAACACAGGCUAGAUUGGAGGCUCUACUUGAAGCUGCAGGAAUUGGUAAAUUAUCCACUGCUGAUGGUAAAGCGUUCGCAGAUCCUGAAGUGCUUCGCAGAUUGACGUCUUCGGUCAGCUGUGCGUUGGAUGAAGCUGCUGCUGCACUGACAAGAAUGAGAGCUGAGAGCACCUCAAAUGCAGGGCAGACGGACAACCGCAGUUUAGCAGAAGCUUGCUCUGAAGGAGAUGUGAACGCUGUGCGGAAGUUAUUAAUUGAAGGUCGAAGUGUAAAUGAACACACAGAAGAAGGGGAGUCCCUCCUGUGUCUUGCUUGUUCUGCUGGAUAUUAUGAACUUGCGCAGGUUCUUUUGGCUAUGCAUGCUAAUGUAGAAGAUCGAGGUAUAAAAGGAGAUAUUACUCCUUUGAUGGCUGCUGCUAAUGGGGGGCAUGUUGAAAUUGUGAAGCUGCUACUAGCCCACGAUGCUGAUGUGAACUCCCAGUCCUCCACAGGAAACACAGCACUUACAUAUGCCUGUGCUGGUGGCUAUGUAGAUGUUGUUAAGGUGCUGCUGGAAUCAGGUGCUAGUAUUGAGGACCACAAUGAGAAUGGUCACACGCCUCUUAUGGAAGCAGGAAGUGCUGGUCAUGUGGAGGUGGCCAGGGUCCUUCUUGAGAAUGGAGCUGGAAUCAAUACUCAUUCCAAUGAAUUUAAAGAGAGUGCACUUACUUUGGCAUGCUAUAAAGGACAUUUGGAGAUGGUGAGAUUCCUUUUGGAGGCAGGAGCAGACCAGGAGCAUAAAACUGAUGAAAUGCACACUGCCUUAAUGGAAGCUUGCAUGGAUGGCCAUGUAGAGGUUGCAAGACUUCUCCUUGACAGUGGAGCCCAGGUGAAUAUGCCUGCUGACUCUUUUGAGUCUCCUCUGACUCUUGCGGCUUGUGGUGGUCAUGUAGAACUGGCAGCUUUGCUGAUAGAGCGAGGUGCUAACCUGGAAGAGGUAAAUGAUGAAGGCUAUACACCUCUUAUGGAAGCUGCACGAGAAGGACACGAGGAAAUGGUUGCACUGUUACUCGGUCAAGGUGCAAACAUUAAUGCGCAGACAGAGGAGACUCAAGAGACUGCCCUCACCUUGGCAUGUUGUGGAGGUUUUCUGGAGGUAGCAGACUUCCUUAUUAAAGCUGGUGCAGAUAUAGAGCUUGGUUGUUCCACUCCUUUGAUGGAAGCUGCACAAGAGGGUCACUUAGAGUUGGUGAAAUAUCUGCUUGCAGCAGGAGCUAAUGUUCAUGCAACAACUGCAACAGGUGACACAGCCCUGACAUAUGCUUGUGAAAAUGGGCAUACAGAUGUGGCAGAUGUGCUGCUUCAAGCUGGUGCUGACUUGGAGCAUGAAUCUGAAGGAGGGAGGACCCCCUUGAUGAAAGCUGCAAGAGCUGGUCAUGUCUGUACUGUUCAAUUCCUCAUAAGUAAAGGCGCAAAUGUCAACCGGACAACACUGAACAAUGAUCACACAGUGUUGUCUCUUGCCUGUGCUGGAGGACAUUUGGCUGUGGUAGAGUUGCUUUUGGCCCAUGGUGCUGAUCCAACGCACAGAUUAAAGGAUGGUUCUACAAUGCUAAUUGAAGCUGCCAAAGGAGGUCACACAAGUGUGGUUUGCUACCUGUUGGAUUAUCCCAAUAACCUUCUCUCUGCUCCCCCUCCUGAUGUUACACAGUUCACCCCACCCUCUCAUGAUUUAAACCGGGCACCUCGUGUACCAAUGCAGGCACUGCCAAUGGUUGUCCCACCCCAGGAGCCAGACAAACCUCCAGCAAGUGUGUCUACAAGCCUUCCUGUUAGAAGUAAAGCUACUACUAAGCAGAAGUCCAGUGGCCAUGUGCCAGAAAACAGCCAGGAUGCACAGGGAUACAUCAGCAGUCAGUCUCCAGAGAGCAUUGUAGAAGAAGCUCAGGGGAAGCUGACGGAACUUGAACAGAGGAUCAAAGAAGCCAUUGAAAAGAAUGCACAGUUGCAGUCCUUGGAGCUGGCUCAUGCCGACCAACUGACUAAAGAGAAGAUAGAGGAGUUGAAUAAAACCCGUGAAGAACAGAUCCAGAAGAAGCAAAAGAUACUGGAGGAGCUUCAAAAAGUAGAACGGGAGUUGCAACUUAAGACCCAACAGCAGCUGAAAAAGCAGUAUCUAGAAGUGAAAGCUCAGAGAAUUCAGCUUCAGCAGCAGCAACAGCAGCAGCAGUCCUGUCAACAUCUGGGGCUGCUUACUCCUGUAGGGGUUGGGGAAGAGAUCACAGAGGUAGACUAUGCCCACUUACAGCAGGUUGAUGCUAUCCUGCUCAAAGAGGACCCUCAGCAGACUGCAGUACCUAUGGGCUUCUCUCCCAUGCAGCCUUUGGCAAUGCCUCAAGCUUUGCCACUGGUAACAGGUACACUAUCUCCCGGGCCCAUAACUAAUCUUGCAGAUCUCCAAGGAGUUAUUGUGGGACAGCAAGAAAUAGGUCAAGCACAACUAACAGGGCUUGGGCAAGGUGUCCUGCCAGAAACACAAGAAGGGUUAAUGAUAGCCAGUCCUGCCCAGACUCUCACUGACACUCUGGAUGACAUCAUGGCAGCAGUGAGUGGAAGAACAUCUGCAAUCUCAAACACUCCUACCCACAGCAUUGCUACUUCCAUAUCCCAACCUCAGACGCCAACUCCAAGUCCCAUCAUUUCUCCUUCAGCCAUGCUACCUAUAUACCCUUCCAUAGAUAUUGAUGCACAGACUGAAAGUAAUCACGACACGGCACUAACACUUGCCUGUGCUGGUGGACAUGAGGAGCUUGUGCAAACCCUGUUGGAGAGAGGAGCAAAUAUUGAGCACAGAGAUAAAAAAGGUUUUACACCACUUAUCUUGGCUGCAACUGCUGGUCAUGUUGGAGUAGUUGAAAUUUUGUUGGACAACAAUGCUGACAUUGAGGCUCAGUCUGAGAGGACCAAAGAUACACCAUUAUCGCUGGCCUGUUCUGGUGGCAGGCAAGAGGUCGUGGAGCUGCUGCUGGCUAGAGGGGCAAAUAAGGAGCAUAGAAAUGUUUCAGACUACACGCCUUUAAGCUUGGCUGCAUCUGGUGGUUAUGUGAACAUUAUCAAAAUCUUGCUUAAUGCGGGUGCAGAAAUCAACUCCAGAUUCACUGAGCACAUGGACACAGACAAACAGCUUUUUCUUCAGAAUAACAAAAGAACUGGUAGCAAGUUGGGAAUAUCACCUUUGAUGUUGGCUGCCAUGAAUGGUCAUACUGCUGCUGUUAAGUUGCUGUUGGACAUGGGCUCGGACAUCAACGCACAGAUAGAAACAAACCGAAACACAGCACUUACACUGGCCUGUUUCCAAGGCAGAACCGAAGUGGUCAGUCUCCUCCUCGACAGAAAAGCUAAUGUGGAACACAGAGCAAAGACUGGUCUGACUCCCUUAAUGGAAGCUGCUUCUGGUGGUUAUGCAGAAGUGGGACGAGUUCUUCUUGAUAAAGGUGCAGAUGUCAAUGCUCCUCCAGUGCCAUCUUCGAGGGAUACUGCUCUGACCAUCGCAGCAGACAAGGGGCACUAUAAGUUCUGUGAGCUGCUAAUUAGCAGGGGAGCUCAUAUUGAUGUAAGAAACAAAAAGGGCAACACUCCACUUUGGCUAGCAGCAAACGGAGGUCAUUUAGAUGUUGUUCAACUACUUGUGCAAGCUGGAGCAGAUGUAGAUGCAGCAGACAAUAGAAAGAUUACCCCCCUCAUGGCAGCUUUCAGAAAGGGUCAUGUUAAAGUGGUUCGUUACCUUGUGAAAGAGGUAAACCAGUUUCCCUCAGACUCUGAGUGCAUGAGGUAUAUUGCCACCAUUACAGAUAAGGAAAUGUUAAAGAAGUGCCAUCUCUGUAUGGAAUCCAUUGUACAAGCCAAAGACAGGCAGGCAGCAGAAGCCAACAAGAAUGCUAGCAUCCUCUUGGAAGAGCUUGAUUUAGAAAAGCUACGAGAAGAAAGCAGAAGAUUGGCGCUGGCUGCAAAACGAGAAAAAAGGAAGGAAAAGCGGCGAAAGAAGAAAGAGGAGCAGAGGAGAAAACUAGAGGAAAUUGAAGCCAAAAAUAAAGAAAACUUUGAGCUUCAAGCUGCUCUUGAGAAAGAAAAGCAGAAGAUUGAAGAUGAGCCCCCAGUUGUUACAGAACCACCUAGUGCAACCACCACUACCACUAUUGGCAUAUCUGCUACAUGGACCACUCUGGCAGGCUCGCAUGGAAAAAGAAACAAUACCAUUACCACAAGCAGCACGAAGCGGAAAAGUAGAAAGAACAAAAUAGCAGAAAAUGUGCAGAUUAUAUUUGAAGAUCAGCUUCCCAUUUCCUAUGGGCAGCAAGAAAAGCUAAAUGGAGAAUCCAAAAGUAGUAGUACCAGUGAAAGCGGAGACAGUGAUAACAUGAGGAUUUCCAGCUGCAGUGAUGAAAGCAGCAACAGCAGCAAUAAGAGUGACCAUCAUUCUGCCAUCAAUGACAGCAGUUUGCAAAGCAAAAAGAAACCAUCUGUGCUUGUCUCCUCUCCAAAAGAAGAAAGAAAAUUAUCAUCUAAUAAAACCUCAAUAAAGUUAUCCGAAUCUGUUCUUGAAACCGGUAAUUCUUUAUCUACAAGCAUCAAGACUGGGCCUUCUCCGCUUUCAUCUCCCAAUGGAAAAUUGACAAUAGCCAGUCCCAAGAGAGGGCAAAAGAGGGAAGAAGGCUGGAAAGAGGUGGUCAGAAGGUCCAAGAAAGUAUCUGUACCAUCCACAGUCAUUUCACGGGUUAUCGGAAGGGGAGGCUGUAAUAUCAAUGCUAUCCGAGAGUUCACAGGAGCACAUAUUGACAUAGAUAAACAGAAGGACAAAACUGGUGACCGAAUCAUAACAAUCAGGGGGGGAACAGAAUCAACCAGACAAGCCACACAUCUUAUCAAUGCACUUAUUAAGGAUCCCGAUAAAGAAAUUGAUGAACUUAUCCCAAAGAAUCGUUUAAAGGCCUCCUCUGCAAAUUCAAAAGCAGCAACUUUAACCUCUGCAGCGGUAACAUCUGCUAGCAGUUCAGUUAUGGGAAUCAAAAUUACCCCUGUCACAGUUUCAUCUUCACAAGCUGCCUCUUCCCUCGCUGUGCCAGCCAUUUCUCAAGCAUCUUCUCACAAACCCAUGAAAAAUCCAGUGAAUAACGUGCGACCAGGAUUUCCAGUCUCUCUACCUUUGGCGUACCCGCCUCCACAGUUUGCUCAUGCUUUACUUGCUGCUCAGACUUUCCAGCAAAUCCGUCCUCCGCGGUUACCCAUGACGCACUUUGGAGGACCUUUCCCCCCUGCUCAAUCCACUUGGGGCCCUUUUCCAGUCAGGCCUCUAAGCCCUGCACGAGCUACCAACUCUCCAAAAUCUCACGUGAUGCCUCGCCAUGCUAAUCAAAAUUUGAGCAGUCCUCAGGUGAUCCCAGGACCCCCUUCAUCUACUAGCCCAACGGCUACUACAAACUCUGCGGCCUCAGUGCCUGUCUCAUCUACAAAUGGGAGCCUCAAUUCACCUUCGGUCAGGAGACAACUUUUUGUCACAGUUGUUAAAACGCCUAAUGCUACUACAACCACAGUUACCACAACUGCAAGUAACCACAUCACCACCCCAACAGCCUCCACCUGCCCUGUUCCCACUGCCAAAGAACAUCAUACUUCUUCACCUUCAUCACCCUCCCCACCUUCCUUGCCCGGAGGAGGUUCUAGAAACAGUCCCUCUGAUUGCCUGACGUGUUCUCCAAACAAAGGGACCUUGCUUUCUAGUGAUCAGGACUUGGGCAACCAUCCUGUGAUGGAGAUAAAUGGCUCAGGCAGCAGUAAGCAAGUGAGCUCUACCUCUGGGAGUACCACAGCACACACCACGCAUCAGCACCCUCCAACAUCUGUUUCACAGGAUUCCAGAUCUACACUAAUGCAGACGCAAGUUCCCCCUCAUCAAGAUCCCAGAAUGGCCUCUUCCCACAACAUGGCUGUCAGUGGUCCCACUCACCAGCCUUCUCCCAUUACUUCUAAUAUCCCAACAUCCUACAACUUGUCCCACUCCUCUAUAUCAUCUACUCAAUCUGCUGCUAAAAUUGAAUCCUCUGCAGCCAGGCCUCCCUUACAUGGAACAAACCCUACUCACAAGAGCCAAGUACCAGUACAAAAUUCUUCUGUAUCAGGGCUUGGUCCUCACACAAAUAUUAAACGACCCCAAAGUGUACCUUCAGGCCCACAUCCCUCCAGUUUAAGUACGCAAAGUUCUGCUCAGAAUUCCGGUCACUCUUCAAGCAAACCUAUGGCCCCUAAUUUCAGUUCUUCUAUGCCCUACGGUCCUUUUAGCACACUUUUUGAAAAUGGUCCUAAUCCCUCACAUCCUUUCUGGGGUGGUUCUAUGAUGUCAUCUCCAUCUGCUUCAGACUCCAUGCUGUCUGCACAGCAAUCAUAUUUGCCAAAUCCAGAGUCGAUGCUUCCAUCUGAUACUUCCAAAGCACCAGGUUUCAGGCCGCCAAUGCAAAGACCAACUCAAAGUCAGUCAGGUAUUGUGAAUAUGGAUUCAUCUUACACAUCUGUGGCAUCAUCCACUACUCAUUUGGGUACCUUUGCCUCGAAUAUGUCUGGAGGUCAGAUGUAUGCACCAGGAGGUGCACCUGCAGCUGCUAAUUUCAACAGACAACAUUUUUCUCCUCUUAGUUUAUUGACCCCUUGUUCAUCAGCAUCAAGUGAGUCUACAGCCCAGGCUGUGUCUUCUGGUGGUCGAGCGCAGUCUCCCUCAUCUUCAGGCGUUUCCAUGGUGUCUGAGAAAAACAACUCCGUAUCUCAUGACAGGAAAGUCCCAGUACCAAUUGGAACAGAACGUUCUGCACGUAUACGGCAGACAGGGACAUCUACACCUUCUGUAAUUGGGAAUAACUUGGCCACUUCUGUAGGACACAGUGGAAUUUGGUCUUUUGAAGGAAUGGGAGGCAGUCAAGAUAAAGUGUCAGACUGGUGCCACACAGGCAUGGGUAAUCACAUAAUGCAUAGGCCCAUGUCUGAUCCUGGAGUGUUUUCGCAGCAUCAAGGAAUUGAGAGAGAUACAUCUGGCAUGGCACCUGCUUCAGGAGCAUUCCAUCAACAUGUACCUGCCGGCUACAUGGAUUUUCCAAAAGUUGGGGGGAUGCCGUUCUCAAUGUAUGGAAAUGCAAUGAUUCCUCCUGUAGCUCCAAUGCCAGAUGGUACUGGGGGAACGAUAUACAAUGGACCUCAUGCUGCUGAUCCAUCUUGGAAUUCACUUAUAAAAAUGGUUUCAAACUCAACAGAGAAUGGCCCUCAAACAGUAUGGACUGGAACCUGGACUCCCCACAUGAACAGUGUACACAUGAACCAGAUGGGUUGAUUUAGAUGGUGUCGCCAGCAUGGAAAAUCCUUCAGCGAGUAGGAAAUUCAAACACAGAUACCUUCAUCCCACAGAGGCAAAAAGAGAUUACAUACUCCCAGAUCAUUCUACUGAUGUGCUUGACUGAAGUGUGUAGGCUUUUUGCAAAAGAAUUUACUAACUGACCUUUUUCUGUGACCGUUGUGACAGCCCAGUUCUCAUCACCAUGAAUCUCACUAUAGUUAGCCUUCUCCCACCUUUAUUUUAUUUUCCUUUUCUUUUACCUUUUGCUUUUCUUUUUUCCCUUUUUCUUUUGUUUAUAAACAUAACUUUAUUUUUUGUUUCCUUGAAGCUGUUUGGCUGGCUGGUUGGUUUUAGUACUGUAAACUGCUUCUGAGCAAACAGACAAAUUAGCAAAAUUACAUAACUGAUUCUGAAGUUUUAGAAUGGCAAAUAAAUGUACAAUUGUUUACAUAACAGAAAUGGCUAAGCAGAGAAUUCAAUAUGUCAGUAUAGAGGCUCUACAUUAUGUAGACUUAAAUUAAUGUGAGAUGUACCUUCAUAUUCAGAAAUCUGGAUGUUUCCUUCAUACAUUAAACUAUUAAUAAGCAUAA